UUCUUGCCGUCGCCUUUUGGUCGCGUGCCCUUUUCCCUCUCUUGUGUCGUCCCAACGGUGCGUCUGAGAGAUACAGCGCACUGCCUCUGCAACUAGACGGAUACGCUACCGCCGUCCCCCUUUGCUUUCGGGUCGUCGGGCGUCCUGCUUGCAUCCAUCUUUGUGCCGAUCCCACCCCUCGUGACGACACGGCCGCCGCAUCACCCACGACUCCGACCCGAGCGUCGAUUUCCAUUCGUAUCUCAAAACUUGCCAUUGCCUGCUGCGAGCGAAUUACAAGUUUGAACAAGGAAGGCCGUGCGUCGAUCGAGACCGCUGGAGCAGCGAUCCGAUAGCGGCAACUGCGUCCUCCGUUGCACUUUCCUCAACCUUCGGGGCCCCCCCUCCUCCCCUCAACUUUAAUCCCCCGCCACGUCAUUGCGCCAAUCCAGGCACUCCCGCCGCGGCGCCAUUCUCUCCCUCCCUCGACAUAUACACAAACACACACACACACAAUGGCGAUCCUCGACACGACAAAAGACCUCGCCGCGCAGUUCGUCCAGCAGGCGCAGGCGACACCCAACGCUGUGGCCCUCGAGGACGAGAAUGUCUCCCUGACCUACGCCGACCUCGACCGCGAGACAUGGGCUCUCGCCGACAAGCUGCGCCAGUAUGGCGUCGGCCGCGAAGACCUCGUUGGUGUCCUCAUGGGCCGCAGCGCCGAUAAUGUCAUCGCUUUCCUUGCCGCGUUGCGCGCGGGAGGCGCGUAUCUCGUCCUCGAGUUGGCCUACCCGGCUGGUCUGUUGCGGGAUGUGAUAGAUGACGCGAACCCCAAGGUCAUUGUCACACAAAAGGCCCACGCAGGCAACAUCAAGGCCGACGUCCCCGUCAUUAUCAUCGACCAGCCCGAUGCGACGAGCAUCGGUGCCCAAAAGCCCGUCCUACUGUCCGCCGAGAUGUACGCGCCACUACCCUGUGAGGAGGAUAUUGACCGUCUCGCCUUUGUGUCGUACUCGUCGGGUACGACGGGCCAGCCAAAGGGCAUUGCGAAUCCGCACAAGGCGUCGAUUCUCUCGUACGACCUGCGAUUCAAUCUACAGGACCUCCAGCCCGGCGACAGGGUGGCUUGCAACGUCUUCUUCGUGUGGGAGAUGCUGCGGCCGCUGCUGCGCGGUGCGACAACGGUCGCCGUGCCCGACCAUGCGAGCUACGAUCCCGUCGGCUUGGUCGAUUUCCUUUCUUCUCGAAACAUUACUGAUACCCUCAUGACACCCACACUCCUCGCGACCGUUCUGUCUCGACACUCGAACCUCGGCGAGAAGCUGCCACACCUCAAGUCGCUGUGGCUGAAUGGUGAGGUGGUGACGACUGAUCUAUGCCGAAGGGCUUUUGCUGCGCUGCCUCAAACUCGCCUGCUCAACGUGUACAGCGCCAGUGAGACGCACGAGGUCGCUGCAGGCGAUAUCAAGACCUUUGUCGACUUCGAGGCCCGCAUUUGCCCUGUCGGCCCACCUCUGGAUCCCGAACACAUCUAUAUCCUCGACGUGGCUGGCAACAGGGUAGCAGUUGGUACGAGCGGCGAGCUCUACGUCGGAGGCGAGCUGCUGGCCCGUGGCUACCUCAACCUUCCCGAGACGACGGCCAAGGCCUUCCAGGUGGAUCCUUUCGAGUCCCGACCGGAUGCCCGCAUGUACCGCACCGGAGACAUGGCGCGGCUGUUGCCCUCGGGGCUUCUGGAGAUUACUGGCCGUGUGGGCGGCAUGAUCAAGACGCGAGGCUACACGGUUCAGCCCGGCGCUGUCGAGACGUCCAUCGUCAAGUACCUUGCCGUGCGUGACUGCGCUGUUGUUGCGCGAGGCGAGGGUCUCGAGAAGCAGCUUGUGGCCUACGUGGUGCCAGACAAGGGCGAACCUCGUGGUCGCACCGUGUUGGUGGUUGAUGAGUCCGGCUACAGCCCUGUGGCGCGUCGAGCCCUCUCGGAUCACCUGGCGCAUUACAUGAUUCCGCCCCUGUGGGUGGAACUCGAUGAGCUUCCAACUCACGGCGUGUCUGGCAAAGUCGAUCUCAAGGCUCUUCCCCCGCCGCCAUCCCCCAAAACUCCCGCCGUCAAGGACAAGAAGAAGGAGCAUGACACCAAGAUUAAGAUGGACACAAUUGUCAAAAUGUGGGCUGCGUCGCUCAAUGUCCCCGUCAGCGCCAUCACUCCGAACCAUAGCUUCUUCGAUCUCGGCGGCCACUCGCUCAUUUUGGCAGACUUGGCCGGCCGACUCACACGCGCAUUCGGCUUCCCAGUUCCUCUGGCACCCCUGGCCGGUACACCUACGCUCGAGGGACACCUAGAUGCCGUGAGAGCGGCUCGAGAUGGUCACACCGCCGCCGUCCAGGCCGACUUGCCUGCCGUCCUGCGCGCCGACUGCAUCCUACCCGAUGAGAUCCAGUCCAACGGCACGCCCUUGCGCAGACUAAACGACGCCGACACUGUUCUGCUUACUGGCACCACUGGCUACCUCGGUGCUUUCCUCCUGAAGGCCAUUCUUGAGAACACUUCUGCCCAUGUUCUCUGCCUUGUGCGAUUCACAGAGCCAGCAGAAAACUACCGGCCGGCCGGUAUCGCUCGUAUCCGCAAAAAUCUCAUCGACCUGGGCAUUUGGGACGACACCAUGUUGGAUCGCAUGGAAAUCGUGCCCGGUAACCUGGCGCGAAACCGACUUGGUCUGUCGCCCGAGGCAUUCAGCGAGCUCGCCUCCCGCGUUGAGGUCAUCAUCCACGCCGCGGCCACGGUGAACCUGGUGUACCCCUACGCUGCGCUGAGAAACGCCAACGUGGGCGGCACACGUGAGAUCUUGCGCUUGGCUUCCCGCGCCGGAGCGACUGUGCACCACGUUUCUACAAACGGCGUGCUGCCCCCCUCGAUCAAGGGCUGGAACGAAGAAACCAUGCUCGAUAUUGACGCUGUUCCGGAGAAGCUGCUGGACGGCUAUGGUCAGACCAAGUGGGUUGCGGAAAUGCUCGUCUACGAGGCCGGGCGACGCGGCAUCCCAGUCAAGGUCUACCGCCCCGGCACAAUCAGUGGCCACAGUAUCACAGGCUCUACGAACACCUACGAUCUCCUGAAUGCUCUCUUCGUGGAGUCCCUCCACCUUGGCUACGCGCCCGAGGUAGACAGCUGGCUCGCCGAAAUGACGCCCGUUGACUUCGUGAGCGACGCCAUCAUCACACUCGCCAACCACCCGGACACAAAGCAGCGCCUAUAUCAUCUGGGAGAUCCCAAUCCCGUGACCGCGAACGAGGUCUUUGACAGCCUCAACGCCUUGGGCUAUCCAACCAAGAAGCUGCCUUUUGACGACUGGGUCGCGCUAUGGAACGAGAAGCGCGGCUCGCGAGUCGAGGAUAACCCUUUCACCGUUGAUAUUCUGCGUGGCGGCAUGCCGACGGUGGAUACGCUGCAGUGUGUGACGGUUCUCAAGGAUGAUGCUACACAACCUGCCUUGGACAUAUACGGUCUUAAGCGCCCCAAGAUUGAUACGAACCUAUGGGAGACAUACGCGCGUCACUUCUAUGCGCGUGGCUGGCUGCCCCGUCCGCCCCGUCGGCUGCACGUCAACGGCAACGGGAUUCACUCCAGCGCUAAAAAGGGCCGCCUGGCCGGCAAGGUCGCCGUCGUGACAGGCGCGUCGUCGGGGAUGGGCGCCGCAGUGGCCACCAAACUGGCUGGAGAGGGAGCGCAUGUUGCCAUCGCAGCGCGCCGCAAGGACAAGCUGGAGGAGCUCAAGAACAAGCUUGCCGGGAGCUGCGGCAAAAUUCUCGCGCAUCCGACAGACGUGACGAGUGCAGAGCAAGUGCAGUCGCUCAUGAAGACGGUCACGGAGAAGCUCGGCGAUAUCGACAUCCUGGUGGUGUGCGCCGGCGUCAUGUACUUUACACUCAUGGCCAACGCCCAGACGGAGGAGUGGGAGCGCACGGUCGACGUCAACUGCAAGGGCCUGCUGCACUGUCUGGGAUCCACCGUGCCGGGCUUCUUGAAGCGCGGUAAGGGGCACAUCGUGACCAUCUCGUCGGACGCGGGCCGCAAGGUGUUCCCUGGGCUGGGAGUGUACUCAGGCAGCAAGUUCUUCAUCGAGGCGACGCUGCAGGCGCUGCGGCUGGAGACGGCGAACUCGGGCUUGCGCGUGACGUCGAUCCAGCCAGGCAACGUGGACACGGACCUGCUCGGCAUCUCAACGGACCAGGAGGCGCUCAAGAAGUACGGCGAGCCGUCGGGCGCCAAGGUGCUGGACGCGGAGGACGUUGCGGGCGCCAUCAUGUACGCGGUGUUGCAGCCGGAGCAUGUGGCGGUGAAUGAGGUGCUCAUCGAGCCGCGUGAGGAACCAAUUUAACAUGGGGAGUGAAAAGAUGACGAAUGAGGAGUUUCAACACUAGGAGUGGGAGGCUUUAUACCACGCUGACCAUUGGAUAUGGUGGCGGGAGCGAAUAUGACGGACCGAGAGAGACUCAGCUUGAUGCAUAAUCGUAAUAUACAGACAUGUAUUGACGAGAGCUUGUUUUCUUCAUGCGAUCAAGUGCUUCAGUCUGUAUGGUGAGACUUGACAGAUGCGGGUUGGCU